UCUCCGGCGGGACUCGGGCCGGUCGACUUUGAGGACGUGACCACAAGCAAAGUGCCAGAGUUUUCCAUUCAGAUCAAGAACUUCAAAUUCCUAGCAUGGAAAAUUCAGAGAAGACAGAAGUGGUUCUCCUUGCUUGUGGUUCCUUUAAUCCUAUCACCAACAUGCACCUCCGGCUAUUUGAGCUGGCCAAGGACUACAUGAAUGAAACAGGAAAAUACAGAGUUAUCAAAGGCAUAAUCUCUCCUGUCGGCGAUGCAUAUAAGAAGAAAGGACUCAUCUCUGCCCACCACCGAGUUAUCAUGGCAGAACUCGCCACCAAGAAUUCAGAAUGGGUGGAAGUUGACACCUGGGAAAGUCUUCAGAAGGAAUGGGUAGAGACCGCCAAGGUGCUAAGACACCAUCAGGAGAAACUGGAGGCUGGGAGCUGUGAUCACCAGCAGGAUUCACCUAUGCCGGGAAAGCCCGGGCAGAAAAGGAAGUGGGUGGAACAAAGACAAGAUUUUAGUCAAAAGAAACUGCUAGAGCCAAAACCAAAAGAUGUGCCAAAGGUAAAGCUGCUGUGUGGGGCAGAUUUAUUGGAGUCCUUUGCUGUUCCCAAUCUGUGGAAGAGUGAAGAUAUCACCCAAAUUGUGGAAGACUAUGGGCUCAUAUGUAUUACUCGGGCUGGAAAUGAUGCCCAGAAAUUCAUCUAUGAAUCUGAUGCACUGUGGAAACACCGGAACAACAUUCACCUGGUAAAUGAAUGGAUCACCAAUGACAUCUCAUCCACAAAGAUCCGGCGAGCCCUCAGAAGGGGCCAGAGCAUUCGCUACUUGGUACCAGACCUUGUCCAAGAAUAUAUCGAAAAGCAUGAUUUAUAUAACUGUGAGAGUGAGGAGAAGAAUGUCGGGGUCAUCCUGGCUCCUUUGCAGAGGCAAGUUGCAGACGCUAACUCAUAAGUCCUACAGAAUGGUAUUUUGGAUUUCCAGCUUGGGAAUUUGAAACAGUCUGGGUGUUUGUAACUGGGAAGAGGAAUUGUGAUCCUGUUUCAUAAACUAAAGCUU